AUGAAUAACCGCCUGCCCGGUAGAUUCAAUACCAAUACCCAAGAUCUUGCAGCUCGCGCUCGCUCUCCUUCGCGCCCUACCCGACAUGGCCUAGCUAACCCGAAUGGUGACGGCAAUGCCAGUGCCCGCGCUCAAUUACAGCAGAGUCUCGAUCAAUGCAUCGCCGAGGAACGGGCCCACCAAGCACGAAUGAGACGUUAUGACGAGGCUAUCCAAAGAUUUCGACGUGAGGAGGGGCGGCUCAUAGAACAGAAGGACCGCCAUGAGCGCAGGCUCCAGGAGCUGCAGGACCAAACCCGUCAGAUGACAAUAAAUCGGCUUCGUGAGACAUUUCGCUACCUCUGA